CGGUGUUAAAGCGUCGCGUCGAUUUUUUCGAUGAAUUCAGUUUUAGUUUAGUGUAAUUCAGUGUUAAUGUAAAUAUAUUGUAAUUAGCCACCAUGGAGUUGGCAUUAAACAGUAACAUGUGUCGUUGUUGUGCUUCUGAAGGGACAUUUAAGGAUGUGAAAACUGCAUACCAUUGGAUGGGUGAACAAGAAGUCUAUUCCGACAUGCUACGCGAUUGUUUCGAUAUAACCUGUGCCUCUUGGCAUAGGCCUCCUCCAAAUCUUUCCAGUGCACUCUAUCAAGAGAUACUCUUCUCCAACAUGGUUCUGCAGUUAGCUUCAGCUCAUCUUCCCAUCUUUGAAGUUGACAUCCUCUUUAUAAAAUACGAAGUCCCGAUCAAGCAAGAGAGUGAGGAUCCGAAGCCCAAAAAACGCGCCGCCAAAGCCUCAACAUCGCGUGCCAAAAAACCCAAAACAGAAGACGGGGAGACUACAAAACGAACGGGGUCCGGACCGAAGCGCAGAAAAAAACGAAAAGGUGACGAUAGCGCGACUCCAGAACGCGUUGAGCACAGAGUCAACCUAACUGCUAUCCUGCAGUUUUCCAACGCAAGUCCUUUUCGGGAUAAGACAAUGAGAGGUUUCUCCUGCCUCUACUGUGCUAAAGCAUUCCCUACCAUUGAUGAUCUACGGCAGCACACUGCCCAACAGACGGAAAAAGACAAAAUCAACACUAUGAUCGAUUACAAACUUAGCUACAACCCUAUCAAAUUAGAUAUCACUAAUCUCUGCUGUACGGUGUGCGAAGCUGACAUGAAAGACCUGAACGACUUGAAAGACCAUUUAGUUUCAGUUCAUCACAAAACUAUUUACAAAAACAUAAAAGAUAUUAUCUUACCUUUCCGAUUAGAAGAUGGGCACAAUUUUACUUGUGUAAUAUGUUCUGUAGUACACAUAUCUUUUAAGAAUCUUUAUCAUCAUAUGAGCAGUCACUAUAGGAAUUAUUGUUGCAAGAAAUGUGGUGCUGGCUACAUCACUAUCGCAGCGUUAAGAAAACAUGGAAAGACCCAUUAUCAGGGGAACUUUCCUUGUGAUUAUUGUGAUAAAGCUUAUACGUCGUUGACUAAGAAACGCAAUCACGAAAAGGGCGUGCAUACUGGUGGAUGGUUGAGGAACAAAUGUCCACAUUGUCCAGAAAUUUUCGUCAGCUACUACGACCGUUCUGAACACAUGGUAAAAGUACACAACGAAGCACCCAUUGUAUACCCCUGUAAUGCGUGUAAUAAGACGUAUAAGAAGAAAUUUGAGCUGAAUCGUCAUAUUAAACAUCAUCACUUACAGCAGAAGAAUUAUUUGUGCGAUAAAUGUAACGCGAAAUUCUUUUCAAAAAGAGGUCUAGCUGAUCAUUUGACGAGACACAACGGAGGUGAAGUGUGUUCGUGUGACGUUUGUGGGCGCACAUUUACGCGAUUGCGAACUUUGAAAGAACAUUUGAAACUGCACGAGACCGACAAACGGUUCCAAUGUGAAGUUUGCAACAAAUCUUUCAUGCAGAAAUGCAGCCUGAAGAGUCAUUUACGUUUACACCAAGAUGACCUUGAUAUUUUCAAAGAAUUCGACGAUGUUAAGCAUUUGGUCGAUAAUAGAUCGAUGACCUUGAAAGAGAUCGCGGAAGAAAGUAAGAAAAAGAAAAAGCAGGAACAGGAGACAAAGAAUCGACAUAGUCUUCACGGCUUUUCAUAGAAAUAACAGGCUGGUAGACACAAUUAGGAUUAAAACUGGCAGACACAGUCAGUCGAAUCUGUCACAGUAACUGUCGUAUUGACUAACGACUCGGACAAAGUAUGGCAUUCUAUUUGAAAGGCUCAUGCCUAUCUGUAGAUGUCAAUUAAAUCUGUCACUUACGUCUAUAGUAUGAGAACAUAAUUUUUUUUUAAAUCAACAGCUACUUCUUUUACCUUGGUUCCCAGAGCCGACUUUACCUAUAGUGCAGGGUGUGCGGCGCACACGGCUCAGGUUCUAAAGGGGACGCCGAGCAACGUAAGCUACAUAAACGGGCUAUUGUUUUCCAACAUCAUUUUAUAAUUGCACCAUUGCAUCUGAACUUCCGAUCUAAGGAAAAUAUAACAAAGUAUUUAAUUUCGAUCGCGUGCCUAAUUGAGGGCGCCGAGGUAUUUAUUGCACCCGGGCUACAUGGCUGUCGUCCUAUCCUGCUGUAAAUUAGUUUUUAAUCGAUAUUUGUGGGAGAAAAUAAACUAUUAUUAUUAUCAUCUUUGGCGCCUUUGGGUACCUUUUAAAUCAUGUAUCUGGUGAACAAAAGAUGCUUUCUGGCGUAGAGUCCAAACUAAAACGGAUCAUUAAACGAGCAAAAGACGAAUAAUUUAUAACGUUUUGGUUCACAUUAUAUAUUUUUUUUAUAUUUACGUAAGAAAGUUAGUUUUAUUGAAUAACCUAAUUUCAAUAGACAGAUCUGUAAAGCCCAAAUUUGAACGAAACAAGAUCAAUAAGUAAUCCUCUUUGAGUGUGUGUGUUAAAGUAGUAUCCCUCUUGAAUAACAAAAGUUGACGUCUUGUCGCAGUUGAAAAUUAUUAUCAUAAAAAUCGGUAACGAAUUCUAGAAUUCAAUUUACUUCGAUUUGAAAGAAUCUCAAGUCAAGUAAAAAAUAUUGAUCGCUUUAGGGAUAAAGAGAUAAAUUGAGAUGAAGUGAUAACAUUUAGCAAUAUGUGUCUACCUCAUAUAAAAACGAAGAAUAAAAAAUUAAGCAUAGAUUAUUUUAGACCAAGCAUAGAGUUUAAAAAUGAGAAAUCUUUCCCGGUCUGUGAAUGAAUUUCGCAAGUCGUACUGGGUUUUAAUAGCUAUUUCCCUGGUUAUUGCAUUGUCUGUUGCCUAAACUUGGCUACAGACGCUGGUUUGAGUCCAGUCGUAUCGAAGGAAUUUGUCUUUGCGUUUUUGCGAUCUUUGCGUUAAUAACAAUAACAAACUAGUGGAUUGUUUAUAUAAAAAAUAUUUUUAUUCAAUAAUAAUAAUUGCAAAUAGUUUGUUG